UCAAUUUUAUCUCAACUUAUUUUUUUGUAAUUCGUUAAGGUUAAGAGAAUGGCGGAACAAAAUACAGAACCUCCGACGAAUGAAGUAGAGAGUAAUUACUCUACCCCUGCAAAUGAUCCGAAAAACAUGCAAGAAGUAACACAAUACGUGCAGUCUCUUCUUCAAAAUAUGCAGGAUAAAUUUCAAAGUAUGUCAGACCAAAUCAUCAGCAGAAUAGAUGAAAUGGGUACCAGGGUCGACGAACUGGAAAAAAACAUAACUGACCUUAUGACUCAGGCUGGAGUGGAAAAUGAAAAAUAAACUAAAUUUCCAUUUGUUCUGAGUAUGUACGUAUCGAUCAUAUUUUUCACCCAAAGAUAGUGCCUGUGUCAUAUUUACAAAUUUAUAUAUGAUAGUUCAUUCACCUUCUACAUUUUCAAAAAGUUGUAUAUAAACCCAUUCAUGUGCGUGAGUGGUUUAUUGAUGCAGUUAACGAAUCGGUUAAUUAUAAUUAAGUAUAAUAGAAAAUAUAAGUAAAAAUCCAUCAAUCUUGUAAACUUGGAACGUUAGUACACUAGAUUGGAAUGUAAAAAAUUUUGGGAUCAUAGAUAUUGCUGUUUUAGAUCUCUGUGUUUGGAUGUAUGUAAGAAUGAUUUCCUGUUUUAGUAACAUUAUAGAUUACACUGAUUGUAUUGUACCAUGGUGUGUCAGAAACUUGUUUGUAUUGAUUGAAGAUAAGGAAUUGUCUGUACCAGGCGUAACAUGGUACGGUUUACUGAUGUAAAUAAACAUGGCAUUCUUUACAUGGCAGGUGCGUGCGGCCCUUUACCUUUUGGCCCUUUCCGUUAUUGAGAAUAAUACACUUACAUCAAAAUUAACCGAACAAUUGAAUGCUGAAAUCAUAUAACCUAUAUUUCAACCAAAAUUUUUCAAAAUUUACUAUAUUUUCGGUAUUUGCAACUAUUGAUAUAAAUUGUCGUAGGUUGUAACUUGUUAUGAAAUAUCAAAUACGUUACUUGAAGCUGAAUGCGCUUCUGAUCCUCUUUAUGAUAAUGGCAUUUUAAUUAUUAAUUCUGCUAAUUUGAUAAUUGUUAAUUCUAACAAACAAUUCUGUUA